AUGAACAAGGAAAAAGAAAAGGAGCAGCUUCUUCAAGACGCAUCCACUUUACUCAUGUUCGCCAACGUGGCCCGCCAGGGUCUGGGUCUGCCAGGAGACUCUCCCACAAACGAAAACCAGUCAUCUUCACCUCGAGAGAGUGGGCGACCACAAGCAUCAAAUGGACACACGCCCGCUGCAACCUCUGCCAAGAACUCUCCAUCACAGGUGCCAACAAAGUCUCCGGAUUCACACACGCUGCAACCUCUCAUCCCUCGAUCACCAAACCAGCCUACACGGUCGCCUCCACAGCUAAGACAUGGGUCCUUGAAUACGCCCUUGGGCAACGUGCUGUCACGAUCCCUGCCGGGAGGUGGGAUUUUGCCUCCGUCUAUACCUAGUAGAGGGUAUUUCACGUAUCCUUACUCAGGUAGUGCUCCGUACCCUACCCUGCCUAGCCUACAACAAGCUCCAUCGCAAAAUCUACAACCAGCAGUGCCUGGCAUAGGCCCACAGCAAACACCUCAUUUUCAAUCUUCAGGACUCAAGAAAGCUCAACCUGACAUAAAGCAACAAUCUACAGAUGCCUCAAAGAUUACACGGCCUCCUUCCGAGCCUAAACCGCAGUCUAAUCUUCCUGCUCAAGGCAGUUUCCAAACACAUCGCAGGUCGAUAUCUGGGGGUUAUGUGGCACCUAGACAAUCACCAGGACCAGCAAAUAUUGCACUUUCCAGAGGCAUCGAUGUCGAUUCGGGUAAGAGAAGCACUGACAAUGCGGUGAUUGCAGCUGCUGCUUUGGCAGCUGCUGCCGACAUUCCGUUUCCUUUAAAGCGCAACCAAGAAAUUCAGAACCAACAAUUGCGGAAAGAGGAGGACACGAAGGAAGAUUCAAUAAUGACAGAGCCAGAGGACGAUAACAAGACAGAUGACGAAACUAUUCCACAAAACACACCAAGAGUAGGUGAUGCACCUACCUUUCUAUCCACUAAUACACAAGAAACUGAUGCAAAAGUCCCUAUUGUUGCUCAGUCUCCCAAGAAGUCUCCUCCACUUAAUUUAAACACUGGCCAACUGGGCGAGCUACCGCACAAACUAGCUCCAGCUACUUUUGAGCCAACAGACUCAAAAACCGACAAUGUGGCUACCGCCACGGACAGUACAUCUACUUACAGACCUCCUCCACUUCAUCUUUAUAAGGUCGAUCCAGAUUCAGGAGUUAUUGGGUGUAUAUGUGGAAUAGAAGAGGACGAUGGAUUCACAAUUCAGUGUGAUAUCUGCUACCGUUGGCAGCACUGCUCAUGCAUGGGAUACAGAACAAACGAAGAAGUGCCGGAGGACGAGUAUAAGUGUUACUACUGCGACGAGAAGAAGUGGAACAAGUUUAAUCCAGCCACAUGCAAAGAGAACACUUUGGCUCCUCUUGAGGCAGAGAAGGCAGAGUCUGCCGAGGUAAAGGCAAACGCUGGUAAAAGGAAGGCAUCUGGUGGUAGUGGAGAAGACAGAAAGAAGCGGAAGACUGAAAAGGAUUCCAAAGCAUCCUCGUUGACAUCUCUUAAUGAAGUGAGACCAGGGACCAAUAAGCGGAAAUCGUCUACAAACUUGCCAGCGGCAGCAUCGGCAGAAUCACCGUCUCAUCCAGGGGUUCUGGAUGUCCCUUUGAAGAACAAUCACCAACUUGAGGAUGGGGUAACAGCGGAAAGUUAUCAAAGCGUUUACUACAAACUCAAAAAUUACGACUACAAGAUCCCUGUGGUAAAGAGACGCUUGGAGUUAUUGGGCGCUAUCCUUGAAAGAAAUCAAAAUCGAUCGCUGGCGAUCGAGAUUGUUCCGCUUGCGCUGUAUAAAACCACCAAGUUUAGCAAGGUUAUCUUGCCAACUCAUCAAAGAUACUUGCAAGACAAUAAUGAGAUACGCAAGAAUAAGGGCUACAAUAAGACGUCUGUUCAAGUGAAGUCUUACAGUGAUAAUCCCAAACAGAAGUUCACGGGUAUCAACAAGGUCGGUUUAUAUAUCACAGACCGGUCUGCCACUGCCGGUGUUGAUACAACCAUUCCUGCGGGAACCACUGUUAUUGAGUACUUGGGUGAGAUCGAUUUCCUUGAUCUGUACAAAGCUAAUCAUGCGAAUCAGUAUUCACUCUGGGGAACAGUGAAACCUAAAGUGUCCAUGGUCAAUUUGCAGAUUCUCAACAACGAGGAGCCUCUGUCUAUCGUCAUUGAUUCAAGGUUUGUUGGUACUGAAGCUCGUUUUAUUAGGAAAGCCUGUCCGAUGGCAGCGAAUUGCGAGAUCAAGCCGAUCUACAUUCCUCAGUUGAACGCCUUUAAGUUCAUCGUGGUGACCUCGAAACCGAUCACGUUGAAAGGAGAGGCAAUGGAGGAAGAGCUCCGAUUACCUUGGGAGUGGGACCCGGCACAUCCCAUCAAAAGUAUGUUACAGAAGACUCCUGAAGGAGAGUAUAAAGAGAAUAAAAAAUUUGAAGACUUCAAUGAGGAUGAGAAGUUUUUUUUGAUAUCUUGCGUGGACGCUAUAUUGAACUUCACGGAAUGUGGGUGCAACACUUCAUCUUCAACGUCGCAAUGUUCAAUUUUCAAGAUUAAAAAAGCGACUUCAUAUCUACAGAGGUCAACCCGAAAGGCAUCGGGUCAGUCUAACGCUUCCUUGAGCAAAACAAAAGAGGUAUUGAUGACUCCAAACAAAGUCAAGGAAUUUGUUUCGUGGAAAGAGAGGCUAGUUGAGCGAGAUGGCAAGCUACAUUCGUCAAUAUUCUCACUUACUCCUUCUGAAGAAUCCAGCGAUAUUGUAAGUGAUGACGAAAGAUCAAUUGAGCGUUCAGCGACACCUAAUGUCCCCACGGUUCCCGACGAAUCCUCAGAGCCAGCGGCACGAGACAAAACAGGCUUUUUCCGCCAGCCUUUUAAAAAGCAGUUGGUUAUUCGCGGGCAAUCCUUGGCGAAACAGUGCCAAGGAAUUGUUUCACAGCAAGACAAUGAGAAUGGGGAACUUACGAGCAAGACAACGCAGGGAACAAACUCCAUUGCAGUACCUAUAAUGCCUGAAAUCCUCUCACUGAUCCGUGAGUCGGUGAAUGAAAAAUUGAAGCCAUUGGCUAAGAUCACAAGUGACGUUAGGAUAUCCGUGGAACCAACAGACCAGAGGGAAAGCACAAACGGACAGGAGAAGGAAAAUAAGCCCGUUAGAGUUGGUGUCGUGCCUUCUCCACAAGAGGAGCUUAUUGAAACAGCUGUUAAAACGCCAACAGUGGUAAAGAAACUCUCAUUUGCAGACUAUAAGAAAAAAAUGAAGUGA